AUGGCGUACCACGAGGGCAGCCAGGUGCAGCGGCACGCUUUCCCGGCCGAGGGCGAGGAUAUGGACCUGGACUCUGGAGAUGAAGAUAUGGAGGAGCCCUGGGAGGACGAGUGGCGGUUUGAAGACGAUAGCCGCUUGAUCCGAGUACACCGGGUCCUGCGACGCAAGCUCAUCCGCGGCCGAAGGAGGACACGGAUGCUGCUACAAGACGGCACUCGCCGGGAGCACGAAGAUGACUGGCGCCAGGCUUCGUGGCACCAUCGCCGCAUAGAUAUGGACUUCCUCUGGACCGGCGAGACCGAGUUCCUCGUAGAGCAAGGCGGGGGCCCAGCACAAGAAGCACCACCUUCACAACAAGCGCAGGAAUCCCGAGAUGACAGGGUCCAUUUAGAUAUUUCAGCUAUGCCGUAUGACUCUGCCGUGUACGAAGACGAGGCCCAGGGUUACUCGCCUUCGUUACCUGUGGGUUCACCUUCAUCAGCAGAUCCGUUUCCAGAGCUUUUCGAUGACUACCCCGGUCAAGAAGCCACAGCACAAGAAACACCACCUGAACCACAACAAGCACAGGAAUCUCGAGAUGACAGGGUUUUUCGACGGCGGCGCCAAAGGACCCGCCAGCUCCAGAGGGGCUUCUGGACCGAGGUGGAACACGAAGACACCAAGGCCCUCUUGAACGGCACCGUCAUUACCUUCAGCAGAGCCCGGCUGCAACCUGGGUCAAGAUCAACCUCGACUCCGACCUGGGAACAGCCUGGAAAGCACAGGAAGCUGGAGAAGCCGACGUCACCUUGGUACUGGCUUCAACGCAAGCGCGACGCCUCGAUCAAGAAACCACAGCCACAUGCCGGCCCACAUGAUGUACCGCUACGACGGUCCUAUUUGUUGCUGGAAGACGGGACCUGCCUGAACACUGGUUGCGAGAUGUGGACCAAUCUCUCCCCGGCGGCACAAGUGAGACCUUUGGUGGCCCAGGGUCGGAGGAUCUAUGUGGCGCUGUUUGGCAAGCCACCUGGAGACGGAGGAGAUGAGACGCCAAGGGGACCGGAAGCCGGAGGCCGAGAAGCUGAGCGAAAGCGACAAUGGGACAAUUUGCCCAGGGAACUCAAGCUAGCAAUUCAGCGAGCUUGUCGGCUGUUUCAGUGUCCUGAGUGCUUGCGCCUGAAAGCCCCGAAGAAGCAAAGACCCUCGAAACUGCCGAUCGCGGACGAGUUCAACGUCGCCAUCGGGAUCGACGUGUUCCAGGAGAAGGACUCUCAAGGAGACCAGUGGAGCUUCCUGAACGUGCUGUGCCAAGGCACCACUUUCCAAGUGGUGGCCGUGCUCCCCGACACUCACGCCAACCCGACCGCGGCAGUCGUGCUGGAGACGUUCCUGACUCAGUGGGUGAACUGGGCCGGCUACCCCGAGCGCGGUGUGAUGACCGACCGGGCGAAGUACUUCAUGGCGGAGUUCGCCGAGGACAUCGCCGACAGCGGCUGCUACCUAGACUCAGCGGCCAAGGCUUCGCCGUGGCAGCUUGGGCAGAUAGAGAGGCACGGCGACACUUGGAAGAACGCUUUUCGGAAGCUGGUGUGGGCACAGCAAGUUGCAGGGCGAGAAGAAGUUCAACUCGCCACGGCCGCCACCACGCAGGCCAAGAACGACCUCUCGAGAAAGUCUGGCUUUUCGCCAGGGCAAUGGGUGCUGGGCCGAUCCAUUCGGCUCCCGGCCAACCUGGCCGAUGAUGGAGAAGUGGCUCGAAUUGGAGCCCAGGCCAUGGCCGAGACGCCCAACACCAAGUUCUACCGCAAAAGCCAGCUGAGGUUUUCCGCCCGGGAGGUUUUCGUAAAGGCCUCAAGUGACGCCAGCCUCCGACGAGCAGAGCUUCGCAAAGUUCGGCCCAGCCGUGGCCCCUUCAAUGUGGGCGACUACGUUUUCUACUACGACGCCUCGUCGAAGGAACCCGGGCCCAACUGUUGGCGCGGAGUCGGCCGCAUCGUCGGAAAGGAGGGUGGCACACGCUAUAGCGAAGAUGAAGUUCAGAGCUGGACCGCCAUUGGCAACGAAACCGAGCUCAUGGUGAAAGACCUCCUCUUCCCGAACCUGGGGUGCACCGGCGGCUUUACCGGAGCCACCACCUUUACCAGCCGAGGUCGGAGAAUGGAGCUCGGGUUCCCUUUCUUCCUCCAGGGAGCAGAGGAGGAAGCAAGCUCGGACAGAGGCAAGACCAAGCUCGGAGACAGCCGGGCCGAGGGCACCACCGCCGUCCGCGUCAGAGGUCCCUGUAGAUCCCACCGGGGCCGAGGACCCCGACCUGGAGGAGAGCCCGGUCUAUGUAUUUCGAUCCCGAGAUCCAUGACUACCACGAGCCCUGUGGUUGAGGAUCCCGAGGCGGAGGCAGCCGAGAGAGAAGCCAAGCGGCUCAGAACCGUCGAGCCUGGAGAGACCGCAAGCUAUGCAGCCGAAACCUGUUGCGUUUAUGUGGCCUACGAGUCCCAGGCCUACCUGACGCACAAGGCCAGGGAGACUUACCGCAAGCACGAGUCCGCUUACCUGGCUUGGGGAGUUUCAGAGAGCGAGUUCCUCUUCGGCUUUAGGCGGAACGACUUUGAGCACAAAUACCAGGCGAUGGCUGCCGGCAACGCCCUGGAAGAAGAAGGGGCCAUUUAUGGUUUUGCCGAGGCAGCCCGGAUGUUCUGGCUGGCUUUGAAAGAGCAUUUGGAAUCCGACGGUUGGGUUGAGAGCCGUCUAGAGCCUGCUCUCUUUUACCUUCGGGAACAAAGCGAGUUAGUCGGCAUCCUGGUGACCCACGUGGACGACAUCGAAGGCGGGGUCAAGGAUGGCUGGCUCGACAAGGCCUUCCAGAAGUCCUCCGUUGCCCUCGACUUCGCCACCAACCAUUUCCGGGACUUUAUCUUUAGACAGGAACGGCGGCGCCAGCUCACCGACGGCCUCACGCCACAAGAGCUGGAGACCUUCCAGAGCGUCUCGGGCGAGCUGGGCUGGAUCACAAGACAACUUCGUUGCGAUCUAGCAUAUGAGAACGGGGUGAUCCAAAGGUGCAAAGGUGACCCUUGUGUGGCGGACCUGGUGCGUUUGAAACAGUAUGUGGGGCAAGCCAGGCGUGGUGCCGACUUCCGGCAACGCUAUUGGGCUGAUGUGGACCUGCGCAACUGUGUGAUCGUGCACUUGGCGGACAGUGGCCACGCCAACGGGACCCCCGCCUACAAGGAGGAAACGCGUUACCGCAGCGUCGGUGGCUAUUUCAUCCUGGCGGCGAACCCUGAGAUCUUGGAGGGCAAGACGGCGCGGGCCAACAUAUUGGCCUACCACUCUUCACAGACCAAACGGGUCUGCCGAAACACGCUGGCGGCUGAGGCCAGCCAUUUGGCCGAGGCCAUUGAAGCUGGUGAUUGGGCCAUUGUGCUGCUGGAAGAAGCCCUGACGUGGCAAGUGGAUUUGAAAGGGUGGCCGAGCGUCAUCGAGAAGCGGCAGAGGGUGUAUGUCACCGAUGCCCGCUCCGUUUUCGACUACCUGGCUAAAGAAUCAACGAGCACCAGCAGCGACAAGAGGAUGGCGAUCGAAGGAGCCCUCCUUCGAGAGACGGUGCGCAAGCCUGGCGCACACGUGCGCUGGAUUGAUGGCCUACAGAACGUGUCCAACGUGCUCACCAAGCACAACGCCGAGAAGGACACCCUGCGGGAAUUCCUUCGGACGGGCAUGACCACUCUGGUCCAGACCCGUGAGAACCAGAAGCUGAAGGAGCGCAAGCAGGCGGAACGCCAAAGGCGAAAGGUGGCAAAGGACAAGGACGGCGAGGCUCAGGCUGACCAACGGCGACAGCGACGACAAGAAGCUGCUGCCGAAGCCGAGAACCUGCUGAACGACUCUGGUCCUGAGGCGGACUAUAAAGAGGGAGUGAGAUUCUCCAGAGUGCAGUACAGCCUCAGUCCUUUUAUCUGCGUGCCGGCCGACUUCUCAAGCUGGAUGCAAGCAGGCAGAAGUUUCACAGACUACACGUUGCAUGCUAGCCAGAGGCGCGAUGCCGGCUUCCCGCUGCAGGUCCACCCGAACGGCAACCUCAUCGCCGCGGGCUCCACCUAUUCCUCGCUGGAUGGCUACACCAAUGACGGUUUAACCGAUGCUUUGCUCAUGAGCUUCGACAGCACCGGCUCCGACAUGGAUCGCUUCCGUGCCCUGCAGGUCCACCCGAACGGCAACCUCAUCGCCGCGGGCUUCACAUCUUCGUCGUUGGAUGGCUACACCAAUGCCGGUUCAUCCGAUACUUUGCUCAUGAGCGUCGACAGCACCGGCACCUGGCAAUGGACCGUGCAGCGCGGCUCCGGCGAUGACGUCUUCGAAGCCCUGCAGGUCCACCCGAACGGCAACCUCAUCGCCGCGGGCUACACAUCGUCCUCACUGGAUGGCUACACCAAUGCCGGUUCAUCCGAUGCUUUGCUCAUGAGCUUCGACAGCACCGGCACCUGGCAAUGGACCGUGCAGCGCGGCUCCGGCGAUGACGUCUUCGAAGCCCUGCAGGUCCACCCGAACGGCAACCUCAUCGCCGCGGGCUACACAUCGUCCUCACUGGAUGGAAGCACCAAUGCCGGUUCAUCCGAUGCUUUGCUCAUGAGCUUCGACGGCACCGGCACCUGGCAAUGGACCGUGCAGCGCGGUCCGGCUCCAGCUGGGGCACGUGAGGAGCCGCCUCACGUUCAAGUCUUCAGUGAGAACUUUCUUUUGCAUGUGGGGUCCGCCAUCAAGGCCCGGAUCGAGACAGUGCUGGAGGAUGGUGCUGCCGGCUCGACCUGCCCGGCAGAAGUGCUUGGAGGGCCAGAGAGUGGCUCCGACAUGGAUCGCUUCCGUGCCCUGCAGGUCGACUGGAACGGCCACCUCAUCGCCGCGGGCUACACAGAUUCCUCGCUGGAUGGAAACACCAAUGCCGGUUCAAACGAUGCCUUUCUCAUGAGCUGCGACAGCACCGGCACCUGGCAAUGGACCGUGCAGCGCGGCUCCGGCGAUGACGGCUUCUAUGGCCUCCAGGUCGACCCGAACAACAACCUCAUCGCCGCGGGCUUCACAACUUCCUCGCUGGAUGGCUACACCAAUGCCGGUUUAAACGAUGUCUUUCUCAUGAGCUUCGAGGUAACCGCCACCGCCGGAGCUGCCGGCGACUGGCAAUGGACCGCGCAGCGCGGCUCCGGGGACGACUGGUUCAUUAUACCCUGCAGGCAGGCAGCGGGGGCAGCGAGGGUGCAUUUGCAGCCGCAGUUCCCAGCAAGAAGUAGCAGUAGUAGCGGCAGCAAAUCACUGGGUCAAGAAGAGGCUGCGCUGCAGGUCCAUCCGAACGGCAACCUCAUCGUCGCGGGCUUCACAGAGUCCUCACUGGAUGGCUACACCAAUGCCGGUGGUCGCGAUGCUUUCAUCAUGAGCUUCGACAGCACCGGCGCCUGGCAAUGGACCGUGCAGCGCGGCUCCGGCUAUGACCGCUUCAAUGCCCUGCAGGUCCAUCCGAACGGCAACCUCAUCGUCGCGGGCUCCACAGAGUCCUCGCUGGAUGGCUACACCAAUGCCGGUUCAGAAGAUGCUUUGAUCAUGAGCUUCGACAGCACCGGCGCCUGGCAAUGGACCGUGCAGCGCGGCUCCGAAAGUGAUGGCUUCAAUGAACUGGAGGCAGGCAGCGGGGGCAGCGAGGGAGUCGACUGGAACGGCAACCUCAUCGCCGCGGGCCACACAUCUUCCUCGCUGGAUGGCUACACCAAUGCCGGUUCAAACGAUGUCUUUCUCAUGAGCUUCAACAGCACCGGCGCCUGGCAAUGGACCGUGCAGCGUGGAGGCUCCAGGGUCCAUCCGAACGGCAACCUCAUCGUCGCGGGCUCCACCUAUUCCUCGCUGGAUGGCUACACCAAUGCCGGUGGUCGCGAUGCUUUCAUCAUGAGCUUCGACAGCACCGGCUCCGGCUAUGACCUCUUCCUAGCCCUGCAGGUCGACUGGAACGGCAACCUCAUCGUCGCGGGCGACACAUCGUCCUCGCUGGAUGGCUACACCAAUGCCGGUUUGUACGAUGUUUUGCUCGUGAGCUUCAACAGCACCGGCGCCUGGCAAUGGACCGUGCAGCGUGGAGGCUCCAGGGUCCUUCCUGCAAGUUUAGUCUGA